AUGGCACUUCCGGUCGAUCGUCCUACGUCUACGGCAGCACUUGUGAUCGCUACUUCAGUCCUUACUGGCGUGAUUGGUUAUUAUCUCGGCCAAGGCGCAUCGAUCGGAAUAUUCUCAUCCUCACCCAGCCAUGCUCAUAAGGGAAAGUCGAUAGCAGAUGGGGAUGACGAGGAGGAGGAGGAAGAAGAAGAAGAAGAAGACGAAGACGAUAUCGAGGGUGAGCUUGCGACAUUCGAGGGGAAUACAGAUGAAGUGAAACUCGUUCUGGUCGUGAGGACGGACUUGGGGAUGGGCAAAGGUAUGCCUUUUACCAACUACGUUGAGCUUCAAAUUUUCUUUUCAACCGCAAUAUCAACUUCCCCGCGCAGGAUUUACACAGGUAGUUGGCUAACUUCUGAUUUGCAUUUUUGCUACAGGCAAGAUAGCGGCGCAAUGCUCCCACGCGACUCUCGCAUGCUACAAAUACUACUUCAGCAAAUCUCCGAAUUCACCUAUUCUAAAGCGGUGGGAAAGACAGGGCCAGGCGAAGGUUGCGUUACAGACAAAGUCAGAGGAUGA